AUGAUCCACAUGGCGUUCUGCUCGUCGCUGGCGUUCGUGCUGGUGCGCGUGGUGCGCGUGGUGGAGCCGGUGGCCAUGAGCCUCGAGAUGUACGUCUCCUCCGUGCUGCCCAUCGGCGCGCUCUACGCCAUGAGCCUCUGGUUCUCCAACUCCGCCUACAUCUACCUCUCCGUCUCCUUCAUCCAGAUGCUGAAGGCGCUGAUGCCAGUGGCGGUGUACACGCUGGGAGUGGCGUUUCAGAAGGACGCCUUCCGCUGCUCCACCAUGAGCAACAUGCUGCUCGUGUCGGUGGGCGUGGGCAUAGCGGCGUACGGCGAGGCCAACUUCAACUUCACAGGCGUCCUCCUGCAGCUGGCUGCUGUCGCCUUUGAGGCCACUCGCCUCGUGCUCAUCCAGAUUCUGUUGGCAUCCAAGGGCAUCUCCCUGAACCCCAUCACGAGCCUCUACUACGUGUCCCCCACGUGCCUCGUCUUCCUCACCAUCCCCUGGUUCUUCGUUGAGUACCCCUCCCUCGCCCCGCACCUCGUCGCGCCCCACCCCGACCUGCUGGUGUUUGGGGGCAACUGUGUGUGCGCCUUCGCCCUCAACCUCGCUGUCUUCCUGCUCAUCGGCAAGACGUCAGCUCUCACCAUGAACGUGGCAGGGGUGGUGAAGGACUGGCUACUAAUUGCCUUUUCCUGGUCCGUCAUCAAGGAUAGGGUAACUGCCAUCAACUUGUUGGGGUAUCUUCUGGCGUUUGGUGGAGUUUGCUGGUAUAACCACUCCAAAUUGCAAGAAAUGAAGUCCAAGGAUGCUGCAAGAAAGGCUGCUCAAUUGGAUGAAGAGGAGGGGCUCAUAAAGGAUGGUUCCUCCUCAGACUCGUCCGUCUCAAUCGUCCUGCGUCAGCGAGAGCGGGAGGUUCUGCCGUUCUCUGUCAAACCCGCCCGAGGCCUGCCGUUCAUGUCGACUCUCCGAGUCGCUUCCACGGGGUUGCGAAUUCCACGCUCGAUUCUCGUCGAGCAUGCGUCAAUUCAGACACUCUCGUGCUUAAGACCGCGGGCAGUGGCGUUGCUACCACGUCGACCGAAAGCCUUCGUUUCCCGGCCGUCGUUCCCCGCGUCGUAUCGCAGCGGCUUACAGCGGGUAUGCGCGGAGUCCAGGGGGAGCAGCAGCCACGAGUGUGCGGAGGAGGGGCGAGUAGAGGCGCGGCGAGCAGAGGCGGAGGGAAGCGCCGCAGACGAGGCUGCGGAGUCCGCUGUCGCGGAUUCGCGCGGCGUUGAAUCAGCACCAGCACCAUCCGCCGUACCAUCACUCCUCCCUGCCUCCACGGCGCUCCUCUCCGCGGCGUUCCUCGCCUUCUCGCCGCUCACGGGCGCCUUCGACCUGUCGGGCCCGGGCUCGGUCGUACAGGCAGUGGGCGUGCUGGCGCUCAUAGUGGCCGUGCACGAGGCAGGCCACUUCCUAGCGGCGCGCUCGCUCGGCGUGCACGUCACGAAAUUCUCCAUCGGCUUCGGCCCUGUUCUCGCCAAGUACCAGGGCAAGGGCAAGGACGGAACCACCGAGAAGGGCGUGGAGUAUGCGCUGAGGGCGUUCCCCCUCGGCGGGUUUGUGGGCUUCCCGGACGAUGACCCGAGUGAGGAGGCGGUGUACCCGCCUGACGACCCCGACCUGCUCAAGAACCGCCCCCCCGCUGACAGGGCGUUUGUCAUCAGCGCCGGGGUGAUUGCCAAUAUCGUGUUCGCCUAUGCGCUGCUCUUCACCCAGGUGAACACAGUGGGUCUGAUCCAGCAGGUAUACCUGCCGGGAGUGGUGGUACCAGACGUGGUGUACGGGUCAGCAGGCGAGAGGGCAGGGCUGCUGCCAGGCGACCUCAUAGUGGCGGCAGACGGCACACCGCUACAGCCGUCCAGCACCGCCGUCUCCGACCUCGUGAGCUACAUCCGCGCCUCGCCCGGCCGCCCCAUCACCCUCGACGUGCUCCGCUCCGUGCAGGCCCCGCCUCUCAGCGGCGGGGUGGAAGGGGAGCUAACCGGGGCGAGUGUGGCAGUAGGGGGCGAUGCGGCAGGAGCAGCGGCAGAAGCGGGAGAGAAGCGUGUGGUGAGCAUCAGGGUGGUGCCGGACGUGUCGUUCCGGGACGGUGGGGGGCGCAUCGGCGUGCAGCUGGCGCCCAACUCCUACCAGGAGCAGGAGCGCGCCGACACCCUGCUGGACGGCACAGUGGCAGCUGGAAGGGAGUUCGGGCGCCUCAUGGGCGCGGUGACCGACGGGCUGCAGCAGAUCAUCUUCAACUUCGGCAACACGGCCGACCGCGUGUCGGGUCCCGUGGCCAUCGUGGCAGUGGGGGCGGAGGUGGCGAGAACCAACAUCUCCGGGCUGUUCCAGUUCGCGGCUAUAGUGAAUCUGAACCUGGCGGUGGUGAAUCUGCUGCCGCUGCCGGCGCUGGACGGGGGGUACCUGGCGCUGCUGGCGGUGGAGGCGGUGCGGGGAGGGAAGAAGAUCCCCGAGGAUGUGGAGCGUGGCAUCAUGUCGUCGGGCUUUCUGGCGCUGCUGGGCGCUGGCAUCUUCCUCAUCGUUAAAGACACCAUCAACCUUGGGUUCCUGUGA